GGUUUCCAUUGCGUAAACCUCACCCCUCUCUCUCUCAUAUCAGAAAUACAGAAAAAAGAAAGAAAGAGAGAGAGAGAGAGAGAAAGAGAGCGAGAGAGAUUCUCUUCCUCAAGUGUAGGUGCUGCUGGAAGAAGAAGAAGGAGCGCUUCUAAUUACUUAUCCAGGUUUAGGUUGAAAGGUAUAAGAUGGGAGCGGGUGGGCGUAUGACGAGUCCGACUAAGUCUGAGAAGCAAUCCCACCAUCAAAAGAGAGUUCCACAUGAGAAGCCACCAUUUACGGUGGGUGAUCUGAAGAAAGCCAUCCCACCUCACUGCUUUCACCGUUCUCUCAUCCGCUCAUUCUCUUACGUUGUUUAUGAUCUCGCACUCGCAACAAUUUUCUACUACCUUGCCUCAACCUACAUCCAACUCCUUCCCCAGCCCUACCAACUCGUUGCAUGGCCUGUUUACUGGGCUUUCCAAGGCUCCGUCCUAACCGGUGUUUGGGUCAUUGCUCACGAAUGCGGUCAUCACGCGUUCAGCAACUACCAAUGGGUAGACGACACCGUGGGUCUCGUCCUCCACUCAUUUCUAUUGGUCCCUUACUUCUCCUGGAAGUAUAGCCACCGCCGUCAUCACUCCAACACGGGCUCUCUCGAGCGCGACGAAGUCUUCGUCCCGAAACCCAAAUCAAAGCUCGGUUGGUACUCCAAAUACCUAAACAACCCAGUCGGCCGCCUCUUAACCAUAACCAUCACCCUAACCCUCGGAUGGCCGUUAUACCUUUGCUUCAAUGUAUCCGGUCGCCCUUACGACCGAUUCGCGUGCCAUUACGACCCGAACUCCCCCAUCUACAACGACCGCGAGAGGCUUCAGAUAUACAUAUCCGACGUCGGUAUCGUCUCCAUUUCCUACCUCUUGUAUAAGGUCUUGAUGGCGAAAGGACUCGCUUGGUUGAUAUGCAUUUACGGGGUGCCUUUGUUGAUCGUUAACGCAUUUCUAGUAACCAUCACUUUUCUCCAACACACCCAUCCAGCUUUGCCACAUUACGAUGAGUCAGAGUGGGAUUGGCUGAGGGGGGCUUUGGCGACGGUUGAUCGAGAUUAUGGGAUAUUGAACAAGGUGUUGCAUAAUAUAACCGAUACUCAUGUGGCGCACCAUCUUUUCUCCACGAUGCCCCAUUAUCACGCGAUGGAAGCGACUAAGGCGAUUAAGCCAAUAUUGGGUGAGUAUUAUAGGUUUGAUAGUACGUCGUUUUUUAGUGCGGUGUGGAGGGAAGCGAGGGAGUGUGUUUAUGUGGAGGCUGAUGAGAGUAGCCAGACAAAAGGAGUGUUUUGGUACAAUAAUAAGAUUUAAUAAGGUGAGAUUCAAAGAAACCUCCCAAACCCCACCCUUGCUUGAGCGUUUAGCAGAUUUAGGGGGUAGAGUUUGUUUAAUGUGUGUGUUUGUGUUGUCUGUCUGAGUAGUGUUUGUUUGUGGUCGCUAUGUGGUCUUUAUUUCAGUUGUUUUAGUGUAAGAAGAAUUGUCUGUUACUUCCUAUUUUGGAAGAUCUUUGAAGACUUGUUAUUUUCUUGCAUCUAAGGAAACUUUUUUUUGAAUA